CCUUCGCACUGAUAGAGGGAACAACGGUUUAGUGCGAUCUCGGGCUCAGCGAUGCUUUCAAGCCGCAGCAUUGCAUCGUCGGUGAGAGCGCUCUCUACUUCAACACAUGGAUCAACUGGAUUAUGUGGUCCAGCGGUGAAGUUGCUAAUGCUGCAAUAUGGAAUCAAUGAGAAAGAUGUGAAAGCAACUGGCCCGAAGAAGAACAUCUUGAAAGGUGAUGUCAUGGGCGUAAUCAAAGCCGGUAAUCUCAAGCCCGUUGUCUUCAAAGUGAGUCCACCCCCGCAACCCGCUCCUUCGGCUGCUAAAACCCAAAAGGCUGCCGCUCCUACGGGUCCUGUCGGGUCUGUCCGGCAUGUCGAUCCUUUUGUUGAUAUUCCUCUCUCUAAUGUACGUGCUACAAUUGCAAAAAGGCUGACUCAGUCCAAGCAAUCAAUCCCUCAUGAGUACCAGUCUGCCGACAUCCGCGCAGAUGCAAUCCUCGCUAUACAAGCAGAUCUACGCGCAAAAGAUGUGGCUGUCUCAAUCAAUGACUUCCUCAUCAAGGCCGCUGCACUUGCGCUUCGGGCUGUUCCUGAGGUGAAUGUGCGCUAUUCAAAUGAACAAGUACAAUAUAUGCCGACGGUUGAUAUCUCUGUUGCUGUUGCCACUCCUAACGGACUUAUCACUCCCAUAGUCUUUUCGGCCGACAUUAUGGGGGUACAGGACAUAUCGGCUAGAGUUAGGGAACUGGCUGCGCGAGCACGCGAGAACAAGCUUCAGCCCCAGGAAUUUCAGGGUGGCACUUUCACUAUUUCAAACUUGGGCAUGUUUGGUAGCGUAGAGGCAUUUACUGCCAUCAUUAACCCGCCACAAGCUGCUAUUCUUGCCGUUGGUGGAACGCGCACUGAGAUGGACAACGAUAUGAAACCACAGAGCAAAUUCACUGCUACCUUAUGCUUUGAUGCUCGAGCUAUUACUGAAACGUCGGCGAAACGUUUUCUGGACCACUUUGCUGCAUCUCUCUCUGAUCCCGAUUUCAUGGUUGCUGAGCCAAUCGAUCCCGCAUUGAAUUUUGACUUUGCAAGACUGCUUUGAGCACUUUCCAUCAAUGAAUUGCAGUUUGUUGUUUAAUUCAUAGUGAUUUAUCGGUGGUUGCUUUGACCGACAUGAGCUUUAUGAAGCAGUAGAUGGAUUCAUAUCUUCGUGUCCGUAGAAAUUGUAAAUAUGUAGUUAGUCAUAGUUUUAGAGUAGUAGAUUUCUCAUCUUGAUUUGGUGAUACCAGUGAAAUUCAUGAAUAAACAUGCAUUGUCUAUC